AUGGUCUUCGUCAAGCACAAGAGCCUCCGGCAGCAACUUCUCAGCUUGCUAGAGCGCCAUCGCAUUGCUGUCCAGAUAAAGACUCGCAAACUAAGAGUCCAGGAGGUGAGCCAAAGUAAUAAGAGGUACAGUGCCAUCAAUCUCACACCAUCCACCUCCAGUAAUGUGAUAGGUGACACAGAGUUCACCCGGAAUUUCGCGGCUUUAAAUGUUGAGGAAUCCCAGCUUGUUGGUUUGGAUGAGCCGAAGAAGAAACUGAUGGAAUUAAUAGGCAAAUUGAAGGAACCCAAGGAACAUGAAACCUCCAAUGCUGGUCCAAGAGUGGUAUCCCUUGUUGGGAUGGGCGGCCUCGGCAAGACAGCUCUCGCCAAGAAGGUGUUUGAUAGCAAGGAUCUUAGUGACAUGUUUGGCACCCGUGCUUGGACCACAGUGUCACAGUCGUUUGACCAAAAGGAGAUUUUUAAGGAGAUGGUGAAGCAACUCUUUGGAGCUGAGUCAUUGAACAGGCUCUUCAAAGAUCAACAAGGGCAGGAAGGACUGGAAGUACAUCUUGCUGACUACAUAUCCAAAAGACUUCAGGAAACAAGGUACCUUAUUGUUUUGGAUGAUGUUUGGACCAUUGAUGCAUGGAACCUCAUUAAGGUUACUUUCCAAUAUAGUGGUAAGAAUGAUAGUUGUGUGGUAGUGACUACAAGGAAUCAUACAUUAGCUGAAUACUGUAUUAGUCACCCAUCGCACAUCCACCAACCUGAAUUCCUAGGGAAAGAAGAGGCUAGAACCUUGUUUCUAAAAAAGACAAAGAGAAGUUUUGAUGACCUAGAGAAAGGUGACAAAACCAAAGGAAUAGUUGAAAAAAUACUGAACAAAUGUGGUGGACUCCCACUUGCCAUUCUGACAAUUGGAGCCCUACUUGCCAAUAAAGACACAGAGGAGUGGGAGAGUAUAUACAAGCAACUCCCCUCGGAUCUUGCAACUAAUCCAAGCCUUGAUGCUCUAAGGCGAGUGGUUAGCCUUAGUUACAGCCACUUGCCUUCGCAUCUAAAGCCUUGCUUUUUGCAUCUCAGUAUCUUUCCUGAAGAUUUGGAGAUUGAAAGAAAACACCUAGUGAAUAGGUGGGUAGCUGAAGGGUUGGUAGCAGAUGACACAACUACAAGAACCCUUGAAGAAGUUGCUGACAAUUACUUCUAUGAGCUCAUCAGCCGGUGCAUGAUUCAACCAUCUAAGUUAGAUAAUAUGGGGAAGGUGAAAACAUGCAGAAUUCAUGACAUUGUGCAUGAUAUUGCGGUGUCAAUCUCUAAGCAGGAGAACUAUGCAUUCAUACAUGGAGAACACACCUCCAACAUAGCAACAAGAGUUGGUAUCCGGCAUCUGUCAUGUGUUGCUUGCAGGAAACUGAACAUUGCCAUGGAUUUAAGCUGUGUCCGGUCUUUAACUGUGUUCACUGUUGGUCCUAUUCAUCUGGCAUUAAGUUACCUAGAGGAGUGGGAAAACUAA